CCUUCUGUCAACGACGUCGGCCAUUGAAUUAAAAUCUAGAAUCAACGUGCAGCUCGAUGCGAAAAGACCUCCGCUAAAUCAAGGCUGCAAUGGCAGGAAAAGCGCCGAACGAUGGCGCAUUACGCGAGCUGCCUGUGCUGAUCAUAGGGUCUGGCAGUACAGGUCUCGCACUUGCGCAGGGACUUCGAAAGGCGGGAAUACCGUGCACUGUCCUCGAGAAGAACGAUCAGCAUCAUGGAGAAAGGGACUGGAACAUGGGCCUGCAUUGGGGUGCUCAAGCACUCAAAAGCCUCAUGCCAGAUGGCCAAUUCGAGGAGAAAGUCCAAAGCCUCCAAGUCGACCCUCACGUGCCCACAAAAGACCUGGACAAUCUUAUCUGGAUGAAAGGCGACACCGGCGAGAGGUUAGCAACAAUCACCUUUGGUCCAUUCUAUCGUCUGCGAAGAAGCAAGCUGCGAGACCUGCUUUCCCAGGGCCUUGACAUCCAAUAUGGCAAGCACCUCCAAAACAUCACCUACGCCUCCGACGAGCAGUCCGUCACCGCACACUUCACCGACGGUAGCGCCACCACAGGCUCCCUCCUCGUUGGUGCCGACGGCGCCCGCUCAAAAACCCGAAGCCUCCUCCUCGGCCCAGACCUCGGCGCCAUAACUCACAUCCCCUACUGCGCAACCUUCAUCCAGCAGCGUUUCACCUCCGAGCAAGCGCUCUAUCUGCGCUCCUUCCACCCGCUCUUCCUUGCCUCCGCGCACCCAAACAACACCUUCGCGUUCUUCGGCAUGCAGGACGCGCCCGACCCCAACGAUCCUUCGAGCUGGACCUUCUUCUUCUACGUGUCAUGGCGCUCGAGUCUGGAGGAGCAGGAGGCGACCAAGCACUGGACCGAUGCGCAGCGAGUGAAGCAGCAGAAAGAACUCGCGAGUAGUUUCUGCGAUCCGUGGAAGAGCGCGCUUGAGUGGACACCUGAUGAUGCGACGGCGUGGUAUUUGGGGCUGACAUAUUGGGAUCCGGGCGCGGAGGGAAGGCGCUGGGAUGGCCGAGGUGGGUUGGUGACGCUGGUGGGUGACGCGUGUCAUCCCAUGACGUAUCAGAGGGGGCAAGGGCUGAACCAUAGCGUCACUGAUGCGGGCAAGUUGCGGGACGCGUUGGUCAAAUUGCAGGAGGGUGCUGAUCGGGCAGAGGUCAUGAGGGGGUUUGAGGAUGAGAUGAUUACGAGAGGCGGGACGGAGACCAGGGAUGGGACGGCGAAUACAGAGAUGUUGCAUGAUUGGGAGAGGAUCAAGGAGAGUCCUUUGUUCAAGAAGGGGAUGCAGAAGACUGAUGCAUAGGGCAUGCUUCUUGCUCUAAGAUGACGCGGAACAAGAUAUGAGAAACCUGAAAUGGGUAUGUUGUUUCUCCUCUAAGGUGGCAGCUCUCGUUUCUUGCAGGUUCAAAAAGAUGAUAACAAUGUUGCUUUACUAGCUACAAUCUUACCC